UGUUUUUUCACGGUACAUUCAAAUAGACCUACUGUCAUUUGACGUGUUUGCCUGUAAAGUUUUACGUCCCAAACAGCAGACAAAAGGACAGCAAAGACCCAGCCUAAGAUGCCGGCCACAAGAGAACUACAGGAAGCUUGGUGGCAGUACAUCACAGAUACCUUCGAUGACAUUGAGACUGUCAACGUGUUCUGUCACAGCCUUUCUAAGUGGGCGCUGAGGAGGGAGGAAGAAGUGAAACUGAUGAGGGACAUCAACGAAAGGGCAGACAAGCUCGACCUGCACUUCAGCCAUGUUAUUAAGUCCAAGACUAAAGCCACGGCCUUUACAGAAUACGCAGAGAGCAAACUGACCCUGAUAACUAAGAGAAGGCGUGAGGCACUGAAGGAAGAGCUGGCUACUGUGCUGAAGAACACUCUGGAAGCCUUGGAGAAGCUUAACUGCUUCCUGGACGCUGUGGAAAGGCUGGCUGUCACUUCUCUGCACGUGUUCACGGAGAGGAACCUGGUUUUACCGACAUCCCUGAGAGGAAGAUUUGAAGGUGUUCAGGCCAUCAUUACUGCUGCGAGGCUGGUCUGCCCACUCCUCCUCCAGUUUAAGAAAGAUCCGGUUCCCUUUUUCCAACCUAUACUUCAAAAUGUGGAAGUGUUGGCAAUUCAGCUGGAAAACUACAUCCACGUCACCCAGAAAAUCUGCAAGGGGGUGGUGAAGAAAAGCCCUAUUAAUGACUUCUGUCUGAAGAUGACUAAAAGGCUGGUUUGCCCUGGUGUGGCUACGUCUGAUGACAUCGUACACCGUAUGCUUUGUCAUAUUGAGCAACUUCGUGACAUCAGGAUGAACCAGCACUUUAGACUGGUGUUCCUCUUCCAGCAAAAAUCCCCCUCUGAAUUUAUCGAUAAAUUCAGCCAAUGCCAACCAAGAGUCCUUCCAUUUCUGACCAACCUGGAGGAGUGUGCCGUCCAACUGGACAAGAUGAGGACAGGUGCCAAAAUCUCAAGCGUGGCAGGCAGCUCACUGGGGGCUGUCGGUGGUGUGCUGUCUAUUGUUGGUCUUUCCCUAGCCCCUGUAACAGCUGGGGUUUCUCUAGCUCUCACCUUGGCUGGGGUUGGGAUGGGAGUUACCAGCGGAGUGAACAGCAUUGUCACCGCAGUUGCAGAGACUGCAGUCAACAGCACACAACAGAAGAAAGCCAAUGAAAUCUUCAGCAGCUUCAUGGAAGAUAUUGUUAGUCUUCAGGAAUGCCUGGAGGCGGUUUCUAAUCAAACAGAUGAUUUAUUGGAAGAAAAAGGGGUAGUCGCCACGGCAAUGACGGUGCUUGGCAAAACGUGCACCAUUGGACGAGGCAUUGAUUCCAUCAUCGAUUGCUCCUCGGCAGUGAAGUUGUUAAAAAAUGAUGAUUUGGUUACAAGUGCUGCUAAAGCGGCAUUCAACGAAGGCAAAGCGCUCCGUAACACGCCCCGUGUGGCAUCAGAUAUCCCAGAUAUUGGGACGGCAGUAGCCAAAGGGCCCCUUGCUCUCUCCAAGUCGGCCAGGGUUGGUUUUAUCGCACUGAAUGCCCUUUUUAUUGGCAUGGACAUCUUCUUCAUUGGCAAAGACAGUGUUGACUUGGCCCUAGGCAGCGAGAGUGAACACUCCCUGUUGAUCAGAGCCAGAGCGGCACUCUGGCGCUCAGAGGUGGACUCCUGGCAGAAGCUUCACGAUUCCCUGCGUCAAGGCAAACGGACUUCAGAGAUGUGCCAAAAUACACUAGAGACGCCAUUUAAUCCAGCACGGGAGAUAUAAAAUCUUCACAGAUUCCCACCUGAUCAUGUGUAGGUGAAACUGACGAGAAGGAAUCAGUAUUUCACUGUAAACUUGCACUGAUUCAGGGACAAGAGAGUACUUACAGUAACAAUCAUAUUGCGCCUUUUUGUUAAAUUUGGUUUCAAAUCAUAUUAGAUCCCUCUGAUGUAAACAAUACAAAUGACGCAAGUUGACACACCAUGCAUGUCAAUAGUCUACAUCUUACAAUUUGUUCAUGGCAUUAUGCAAAUCAUUCAUUGAUAAAUUCUUGAUAAAAGUUGAUUUUUAUAGGGGCGUCCCGGUAGGAGUCUAUUCCGUUGCCUACCAACACAGGGAUCGCCGGUUCGAAUCCCUGUGUUGUCUCCGGCUUGGUCGGGCGUCCCUACAGACACUGUCGGCCGUGUCUGCGGACGGGAAGCCGGAUGUGGGUAUGUGUCCUGGUCGCUGCACUAGCGCCUCCUCUGGUCGGUCGGGGCGCCUGUUCGAGGGGCAGGGGGAACUUGGGGGAAUAGCGUGAUCCUCCCACGUGCCACGUCCCCCUGCUGAAACUCCUCACUGUCAGGUGAAAAGAAGCGGCUGGCGACUCCACAUGUAUCAGAGGAGGCAUGUGGUAGUCUGCAGCCCUCCCCGGAUCAGCAGAGAGGGCGGAGCAGCGACCGGGACAGCUUGGAAAAUAGGGCAAAUGACAAAGUGAAAAAAAAGAAGAAAAAAAGUUGUUUUUAUGGUGUAAUGAAUUAAUUUAUUUACUACCAAUGUUGACAUAUAUAAAACCUAUAAAACACAAAUGCUGCACAAGAUGAAGUAUUAUGCAGAUGAUUGGACUAACUGGAAAAUGUAAAUGCUUCUUCUGCUUUCCACAUUACAAACGCAAAUAACUAAUAAAGCCUUUUUUGG